ACUGCUCGUCACACAUAUGUAACCGCUGGAAUCCUUUUUUUCAGCACCUGGACAGCUCCCGGUCGUGAACCCCUUAUUAUUAUCGGGCACAUGGAGUCCCUGAUGUGAUUCUGGGGGAAGCCCUGCAAGCACAUCAUGUCUCCCUGCGAAGAUGUCGUUAUCACCCUGCUUCAGUGACAGCAUCGUCGUCUCCUUCUGAAGGAUGGUGCUUACAGUCCGGAGUAGGUGUUUUUGUGGUGCGCUAUCUUCUGAGAGGCGAUACGGGUGCUUGGCCAACGCAAAUCUAAGGCUAAUCGCAACCUACACACAGCAAGAUCCGAGCUUCCCUCACACUGAUCAUCAUCAUCAUCAUCAUUCACGGCGAGGAGGGAGAUAUAACCAUCAUCACUGCGAGGGCAAAGGAGUCACGACCACACUUUACACAAUGUAGAGCAAGACAACACAAGAGGAGCCCAGUCUCUGCAGCGGUGAAAUCACAUUUCACACUUGGGGUUAUUUAGCGUGGACGUCUGUUUGCAGCAACAAGACCUCGACAUGAGCAACACUCAGGCUCCUCCCCAGGCUGGAGCCUCAGAGCUGGAGGUCAUCUCCCAGCAGGUAGAGGAUGACAACCAGUGUGUGGCCCCCGUCCAGCUGGUCAGCUUCACCUACAGAGACUUGCCUUUGGCGGCACUGGACAUAUCCCUCGCUGGAUCCCAGCUCAUAUCUAACCCAGAUGAAGAGGAUAGCAGAGAGGGGUCAAACUGGCUGAAGCCAUGCUGUGGACGAAGGGCAGCGCUGUGGCAGGUCUGUCUGCUGUCGGCAGGCUUCAACUGCUUCCUAGUGGCCUGUGUCAUUCUGGUGGUGGUGUUGCUGCUGCUGGAGCUGCUCAUAGAUACCAAGCUGUUACAGUUUAAUAAUGCAUUCCAGUUUGCCAGCAUCAUCCACUGGAUCAGCCUGGCCAUUCUUUCUGUGUUCUUCACUGAGACCGUGUUCAGGAUCGUGGUGUUGGGGAUAUGGGAUUACAUCGAGAACAAAAUAGAGGUGUUUGAUGGAGCUGUCAUCGUACUCUCUCUGGCCCCCAUGGUGGCCUCCACAGUGGCCAAUGGCCCCAGCAGCCCCUGGGAUGCUAUCGGUCUCAUCGUCACGCUGCGGAUCUGGAGGGUUAAGAGGAUCAUUGACGCCUAUGUGCUGCAAGUUAAGGUGGAAAUGGAGCUGGAGAUCCAACAGUAUGAGAAGGCCAAGGCUGUGAGGGAGGAACAGCUUGAUCGACUCACCCAGAUCUGCCAAGAACAGGCCUUUGAAAUCAGGCAGCUCAGGGCCCACCUGGCUCAGCAGGACCUGGAUCUUGUGGCAGAGCGUGAAGCAGCCAUGCAGAUCCACCAUAUGUGGGGUAAACAGAGCAGCAGUUUCCAGGAGGUGGACGGUCUGGCCCCUGGGGCCUCUGAGCAUCACAGGCCAAACAAAGUUAGAGAGCCUGGGGGUGCUGCAGAUCAUCAUGGUCAAGAUGACAUGAACAACUAUAUCAGCCAGUACUACAGUGAGCCAAGCAGUGAUACAGGGAUCCCAGACCCAGCGCGAGUCAUUACAACAGCAGCCAUAGAUGUGCACCUGCCUAACAACCCGAGUCAGCUACCGCCCUCUUUGGUGAGCGCCGAUGCGGUGCCGUCCAGCCGUUUGCAGCGCACAGGCAGCUCGGUCAGCGAAGCCUCCACAACCACAGUGUCCCGCGCCAGCUUCAGCACCCGUCAGCACAGCAUCAGCAGCCACACGCUUGGCUCCACCAUGGACUGCAGCUCCACGGUGCGCGAGGCCUCCACGUCCACAGACUACAGCGACCAACGUUGCUACCCUCCGCCCUACAGCAGCCCUCUGGCUCUGGGCACUCAGCCGAGAGGGAGCCCCAGCGCUGUGGUGCAGGAGUUGCUCUCUUCUCUGUCUGAGGACUCGUGUCUCACGCAAAAGGGCCUCGACCCCGUCAACCUGAAACCACCCAGCCCAACAGGUUCCACGAAAACCAGCCCCGAGCUGGAACACAGGGUCAACAUCUACAACAAGAGGAACCAGGAGAGCCGAGUCGGGCUCAACUCCAAGACAGUCAUCCAUCUGCAGGGUAACGAGCCUCUCCUAGAGGAGAAGUAUAGGAUGAUGGGGCCAGUAGAUACUCAAAUCAACCGUCUAUCAGAGACAUAAGAGCCUGCAAAAUGUAGAACUUCACAGGACUCGCUCUUUAUUUCAGCCACAAAAAUUAUUGCUCUACUAAAUUCCCAAACUUCGCUGCUGGGAGUCACUGGCACAUAAACUGUAUGUCUGACAUCCUCUUUGUACUACUGGAGCUGAGAGGAUGAACCCGUGGGAGCAGCACAAACAAAGGGCAUGGAUGAGAGAGGGAAGCAGACUUGUUAUCAGGCAACACUUAUCAGGAAUUGACACUCAUAAAAACACUUUUACUAAAAGAAACCAGCAAUGGGGCUUUUGUCCAAAACUGAAAACCACUUUUGAUAUAUUAAAGUCUGAUUUCUAGGAAAUGAAACCAGUGAGAGGAUGGUGCUGAGGGCUUAGUUCCUCUGAUACACUUUGUAGAUGUGGAGAUACUGGUGUAGGGACUGAUUUGAGAUAUAAAGUGAAAGUUUCUCCAAGAAAGAAAAAGACACGGAUUCCCCAGUAGUGCAGGUAUAUGAGCCGUUUUGUCUGUCUAGAAUCUCCAAACUCAUAAAGAAAAGUCCUCUUUGAUGGACUGCUGCAGGGUACCAUUGGAUCAGUCUCAGCUUCUUUCUAAUCCGUUUCUAUAUUUGCGUUAACGUUUUUAAUCUAAAUUCUGUGAGUGAAGCGAGUGCAGAAUCCUUUUGAUUGACGGAUGAUUCGUGUUGAGUUUUUAUCCAGAUGCCAUGACUGGAAAUCGACCAAACCCAGCUGAGUCAAUGUCUGAGAUUUUGCAAACUAUGGCAUGACCAUCACUUGACAAGCUAACUGAAAAACCUACCUACACAUGACAUAUUUCACACAAUUCAGGUCUUUUUUUUUUUUGUAUUACUUUAAAG